UCUAGUUUACAAAAGGUCCACAAAAACAUGUCUCUUCCACUUCGUUUUGCCCUCUAAAUCCCACUCUCCGAAACCGUCACUUUUCCCUUCCCUGAGUCCCAAUGCAUCAUUAGCGUAACAGUCCUGCUCUCUCCUCCUUUUUAACCAAUCAAAACCUCCUCAAUUCACCUGAGAAAUUUUCCGGCGAUAACGAUAUGGUUCCGUCGACGAAAACGCACCGUUUAGGCCAUCCACUUCCACUGAUCACUCUCCUUCUGAUUGCUACUGUUGCAACAUCCGUCAAGAGCCAGGAUACCACAGGUAAUGAUACAUCCGUGAAGUGUAACCCGUCCUGUGUCCAGAGUCCUCCACCGCCAUCCCCUCCGCCUCCUCCACCACCGUGCCCGCCACCACCAGAGCCAGUCCUGCCACCACCAACACCGAAAAAGCCGCCGACUGGGUACUGCCCGCCACCACCAUCACCACCGUCCUUUACAUACAUCUCGGGCCCACCAGGGAACCUCUACCCUAUUGACCAAGAUUUCAGUGGAGCCAGCCGGAGUUUUGCGGUGGGGUUGCUGGCUUUAGUUGGGGCCGGACUUUUUGUUCUUUUGGCAGCUUUUCCAUGAAUUUCAUCGGAUUCUGAGCUUCCAGGGAUCUUGCGUCAGUUAUGGAUUCCGUUAAGUACAACCUUUUGUUUUACUUUUUCCCAGGACAAGAAAAUCUUUUGUCCAAAAGGAAAAUCAGGACCUAACUAUUUAUGGUGAGUAGUAUACUUUGUUGUUGUAAUAAGUUACAUUGUUCAGAACAUAUAUCUAGUUUCAUUACUACAUUAUCUCUUGUAAUUUUUCAAUGUUUUUCUAUUCAAAAUUUACAGUUUCUUAUUCACCUACUAAAUUUUUAAAUUUCUA